AUGCACUACUCUCUGGCUCUAUUUUGGCUACCUCUGGGCCUUGCCUUUCACCUCCCCCAGACCUUCGAUAAGCAAAUCCGUAGUAGCAAAAUACCAACCAAUGAAUUCACCGCAGAAGCAAUCAUCAGUCUUCUAAACAUGCAGUCGUCUGACGAAGGGGGUUAUUUCUACGAAACCUUCAGAGACCCCAACGUCAUACCAGGCACGAACCGAUCUAUCAGCACGGCCAUUUAUUACCUUUUGCAAGGCUCUGCAGGUCAAUCGCUAUGGCAUAAACUCGAUGCCGCUGAGGUCUGGCACUAUUACGCUGGUGCACCUCUAGUUUUGUCCGUCUCUUACAACAACGGAUCUUGUGGCAGAGACUACGUUAUGGGAGCAGAUCUUUUUGGAGAGCAGAGGCCCCAGGCGAUUGUUGCAAGCAAUGAGUGGCAGAGUGCAAGAAGCUUGGGUGAAUGGACGCUUGUAGGGACCACAGUUGCACCAGGGUUUGAUCCCAACACAACGAUCAUCAAACCGAAAGGCUGGAAGCCAAAAUCAUGCCCGACACAUUGA